UGGCGGUGCUAUUAUGUCAACAAAUCCAUGUGUGUGUAUUGUAGUGGUUUCCGUCACAUAAUCAACAGUUGAUUGUGACAAAGAAUGCGAAGAGAAUGUCUGACUCAGAUGAUGAUAUACCGGAAUUAGUGGAUGCAGUGAGCAAGAUACCUGUAUCCAUCAUCACGGGAUAUCUUGGUGCUGGUAAAACAACGCUUUUAAAUUACAUAUUAACUGAACAGCAUAAUAAAAAGAUAGCUGUAAUCCUGAAUGAAUUUGGAGAAGGUAGUUCCGUUGAAAAGUCCAUGUCAGUCGGCCAAUCAGGAGAGCUCUUUGAGGAGUGGUUGGAGCUACGUAAUGGUUGCCUCUGCUGUUCUGUAAAGGAUACUGGCAUCAAUGCAAUAGAGAAUUUGAUGAAGAAGAAAGGAAAGUUUGACUACGUUCUUCUAGAAACCACAGGCUUGGCUGAUCCUGGACCAAUUGCUUCAAUUUUUUGGUUGGACGAUGGUUUGGGAAGUGAGCUUUACCUUGAUGGAAUCAUUACGGUUGUGGAUGCCAAGUACGGCCUUUCAAAUCUGCAAGAACAGAAACAACCUGACGUAGUCAAUGAAGCAAUCAGGCAAGUAGCAAUGGCUGAUCUGAUGCUUGUCAAUAAAAUUGACUUGGUGUCACCCGAGGAGAUUGCGAGUUUAACAAAACAUAUACGAACCAUUAACAGUUUUGCUGGGCUGGUUGAAACACACAAAUCAAAGGUCAACUUAGACGAUCUUCUUGAUCUACAUGCAUUUGACACAAUGGGCCGAAAGAGUGACUGGAGUACACUUCAAAAGAGAGGAAUUUCUUCAUUUGAAGACCACCAUAUAGACCAGUCCGUUACUACGGUUACUUUCACUACAGAAGGAUCUGUUACCUCAGGUGAUUUGGACACUUAUAUACAGAACCUUAUUUGGGAAAAAGAUGUAAAAAAUUCUUCUGGUGAAGUUAUGGAAAUCCUUAGACUGAAGUUUAUCUGCCGGUGGUGCUGAAACUAUCUCAGCUAUUCACCAGUAUUUCUAAGUCUUGAUUUUGGGCUGGGAAGUUGUAGUUAACGCAAGCAUUUAAGGGUGAGGUUUCGGUAAAAAAUGAACCUAGAAGAAUCCUAGUACAAGUUGUCCAGGAGUUGUACGACAGAAUUUCAACUACAGAAUGGAACAGUGAUGUACGGAAAUGCACAAUCGUAUUCAUUGGUAAACAUCUGGACAAAGCCGUUUUGUUGGAUUCAUUCACUAAACUUCUAAUUUGAUUUGCACAUCAAUGCAGGUUCGGAUAUGCAUGUACGAGGUCUAUAAUAUAGGCUACUGUAUCACCUUCUUGGCCUACAUUAUGUACAAUGUUGAGUAGUAUGAAUCAAUGAUUAUCCCAAUGACACUGUUAAGUUGCAGUCGCUAUCAUUUUUCAAACUUGAAUUAUCGCAUGCAAAUGCACAUGGAAGUAGAUUUGAUGUGUAAAUUCUGUUUAAUAAUUAGUUUUUCAAAAGAAACGUAAAAAGGAAAUAUAUGCGUCAGAUAAUUCGAAAUAUCUUGCCGAUGGCAAUUUUCUAGCACAAGUUAAUUACAAUCGAAGUCAUGAAAAUGGGUGCCUGUAGGCUAUAUCGGACAUAUCAUGUAAGGGUUUGCAGAGGAUUCGAUAGGUCCCAGGCGCCUGGUCCACCAAAGUUGACGUGUUUCGGACAUCGAGGCCCGGGUACAUCAUGAAUAUGUUUCAGUUAACCAAGAACUUUUCAACUUUGAGUUCAAAAGUUGGUGCAUCGAACUUUAUGUCUCACAUAAAUGCAAUGUACUAUUACGACAUGUUAAAACUUAACAUCGUAAACUCGUUGAUUGUCCCUGAAAACUUGGGAUUCUUGAAUGGAUUCGAUUGAGCCAGUGCAGUGGUGUAUCUAGGAGUUUUGAAAUGGAAAUGGGGGCGGGGGCUGAUGGGGGAGCGAAGGUGAAGUAGGGGGAUCGAUGAUUGGGUGAGGGGUGCCAGCUCGCAAAAUAAAGUAAUUUGUGGUGAUUACUUGAGCAUGACGGAGGGGCCGACUGGGGAAGUAUUUUUUGGAAGGGCAUGCGCCCCCCCCCCCCCCCCCCCCCCCCCACACAAACCACACACACCUAGAUACGCCACUGAACCAGCGUUCAUCAUAUCCUACAUAUUUAGAUAUAUCGAGAUCAUGUAGAGGAUGACAAAAAUGUUAAAUGAAGUAAUUUUAUGAAGGUGAAUGGCUUUAUGAGAAAAAAUUCACUGCAGCUGUAACAUUCAAAUUUGUCUAAAACGAAAAAUGUUUAAUAGUAUACUUAUUCCUCCAUGGUUCAACUGUCUACUGACGUUCUGACGACGAUACUAUGUAGUCAUAGUGAGUAGUGGAAUUUCUCAGCCUGCUCUAACUUCGUAAGAAUAUCUACUGUAAUUAAAGACAAAAACAAUCUUACCAUUUGUUUAUAUGACAGGUUAAGACGAUAUAGAUUGUCGUGUAGAAUAAAAAAAUUGUCGGUUGGAAUGGCAUUAAAUU